AAUAGUGUGUAGCAUAGAGAAAUGAGCAACUGAGCUUCAACCCUCCAAACGACGCUUUUUGUAGCUGUGUCUCUAAUCCAAUAUCGAAUCCUUAAUCCCGCGAAUACUAAUAGCAGAAGCUGAAUGGCAAAACAGGAUGCGUCAGAUUCAGAACUCGAAUCAGAGAAGUUGAGCGAAACCGAAGAAGAAAAUGAAGAAGAAGGGGAGGAGGAAGUGGAGCCUGGGACUCCCACCAGGAAUGUGGCGAAGCAGGGGAUAUCGGAGUACGAAAAGCAGAGGCUAUCGAGAAUUGCGGAAAACAAAGCCAGAAUGGAGGCUUUGGGUCUCCAUAAAAUGGCCUCUUCCUUGCUGGGUUCCAAUCAGAAGUCGAAUCAACUGCGGAAAUCGAUUCAGCGUAAAGGGAAAAGCAAGGUCGCUGAUGAUGACGAUGAUUAUAGGCCCAAUGAUGAUGAUGCUGCUGAAGAUAAAGACGAUGAUGAUUCUGGCGGGGACGAAGAUGAUGAGGAUUUUGUUCACAGUCGAUCUUCUUCAAAGUCUCGUAGAAACAAGGUUAAGAAUAAAUGCUCAAAACCUAAGAAGAAAGUUACUAUUCAAAAGCAUUUUAGCAGCACAGAUUACAUUGAUGAAGAAAAUGAUGAACUAACGAAGGCAAUCGCUCUCUCAUUACAAGAUUCUGCUGAAGAUGCGACCCUUAAAGAAAGAAAGAGGGAUGCUAACAUUAAAGAAGGUGCAAGGAGGAAGAACAGAAAAAAAUCGUUCAAUAAUCGGGUGCAGAUGACUGAGGAUGAACUGGUGUUACACUUCUUUCAGUUUGAUGAAGCAGGAAGAGGGUUGCUAACAGUAAGAGAUCUACAAAGAGUAGCAACUGCACAUGAUUUUACAUGGACAGACUGGGAAUUGACUGAUAUGAUACAUUGCUUUGAUAGCGAUGGAGAUGGGAAGCUAAAUCUUGACGAUUUUCGUAAGAUUGUUUGCCGUUGCAAUAUGAUACGAGGUUCUGAAAAUUAUUGAUGAUUAUAAAACCUCAAUUAACAGCAUUCAAUUUCCAGGUAUUGCAAGGAAAUGGCGUCACAUGACUUUUUUUUUUGGUUAAUAUUUUUUAUUCGUAUUUACACUUGGUUAUUGUAACUAUGGUUAUUUCUCUGGAUUGGUUUUGUCUGAAUUCUGAUGGCCAAAUGUAAAUUUAACCUGCUCCAGGAAUGUGUUGUAAUUCUGGAAUUUGACAUGGUUGUCAAGUAUUCCAAAUUUAACAUCAGGAUGUCUUUGCUUACAUUUCAAAUUAUUGUUUGACUUCUACGUUUCAUUGCUCUCUUGUAGGCAAAGCAGAUGUAGCUAGCAUUCCUGCUCGAUGGGCCUCUUGGGGCCUGAAACGAGUUAUUGAGCCAGCCUUCUUUGCCAAGUUUGAUUGUGCUAGAAGUCUCACUGUCAUCUCUUAAAUAUAGGAUCUCAUAUAGAAUGAAGCUGCCAUAUUGACAUCCGCAUUACUCUUCUAGCUCUUUUGGGUAUUCAUUAUCUAAGUUCCCUUUGUUUUUACUUUUGUGAGGUGAUUCUUCUAGGAUGGACAAGUAAAUUGAAACUGCUAUCCUUGUGUGAAUUAUUUUGAUAUUGAUUUCCCAAGAAGAAUCUUAGUACGUGAAAUGUUUUCGAA